GUCAGUCGUAACACAAAACAAUAAUCCGUUCGAUCGUCGUCGGCGUGCCGCUUUAGCUGCUAGCGAAACCGAAAAACCAACGUUUCAACGACGGGGCAUCGAUAUAAAAUAUUGUAUUAAAAUAUCGCGUGAACCGUCUCCCGCGCAGCCAAACCAAUCGUAGGAUACCUAUAUUAUAAUACAACAACACGUCUGCUAUCGUUGCCGUGCGUGUUAAAAAACAUAAUACUUUUUUAUUUUAUUUUCCGGUUUCGAAACGUGGUGGCCGCGGCACACACCGGAUACGGUUGGUCACACCGCAUUUUACGUUGUGAUUCGCGUGCGUGUGCGUGCGACGUAAAUAUUUGUUGUGUUUACAUGUUAUUGCUUAUUAUUAUUUUUCGUGUCGAAACCGAAUAAUUGUUAUGGACCGUCCGCCGUGUACGGUAUUUCGCCGUCCGUAAACAUCGUUUAAUAUUGUUAUUUUAUUUAAUCUUUUAGGUGUACACAUGUAGAAUUUUUUUUUUAUUUUGAAAUUUCGUUAUUUUUUUUUUUUUUAUGAUUAUUACUGAACUUAACUUUGCCGCCGCCGCUGACCGUUGCCGACCGUCACCAGGAGGAGGACGUCCGUCAACGUCGCCGUCACCGCCGCCGUCGUCGCCGUCGCCGUUUACCGCUUGCCGUGUCCGCCGCCGCCGCCGUCGUCGCGCGUGUCCGUCGACCCACGUAACUUUCGCCGUUUCCCGGUUACGUAGUGUGCACGACAAUCUUCACCAAUGGGGGACCGGGUGUACGCGGCCGAAAAGCUCAUGAAGAAGCGUGUCAGAAAGGGGAGAGUUGAAUAUCAUGUAAAAUGGAAAGGAUGGACACCUAAGCACAAUACUUGGGAACCCGAAGAAAACAUUAUCGACACAAGGCUUAUUGAUAUUUUUGAGCAAAGUCAAACCCGAACAGAUAAUACUUCUCAUAAACGAGGUCCUAAAAGAAAAACCCAAACUGCACAUACUGAAACACCAACUACAGAACCUACCCGGAGUGACUAUGAAGAUGAAACUGCCGAUGGUGAUGUACCUGAUUAUAACAGCCAAGACGAAGCUGAAGUGCUUCCAGAGUUUACUAAUGGGGCACCUUUAUUACCCAGACAUGACGAUGACACCGAAGAAGAUAAAACAAUUGAUGAUGAUUCAUUGGCAGAAAUGCCAAAGUUAAAUGCAGCUGUAAAGGUUGAAGUGAAAGAUGAAAAAAUAAGUGAAGAAAAAAAGACACCAGUCAUAGAAGUCAAUGAUACACGAGAAGAAGAAAAGUUAGCUCCGGUGGUGAAACCUGCACCUUCACUUGUAGUUCCAUCUACGCCGAAGCAGUCUUCCAAAUCCCCUCCACCUUUACCUAAACCUCAUAAAGUUAAACGCAAAGCAGAGGUUUUGUCUAAAGAAUCUGGUAAAGUUGGUGUUACUAUAACUACUAGUCCUCCUGUGACAGAUUCAAAAGUGCCCAAAUUACAAUCUCCUCCAAACGUUCAAAACACCAAUAGUUUGCCUCCAGUAGUACCUACUCAAGAUGGUGGAAGAACUCCUAAAAGGAAAACGUCAGAACAUGCAGUUCCCGCAGUUUUGACAAAUCAAGUUUCUCCAGCUCCAGAAAAUCAACAUUUAACACUGACAGCUAUACUUCAAAGUACUCCAGCAAGUGUAAAGUCAAGAGAUACUUUAGCUGCAGCAGCUCCCAUCAGUUCUCGAACAUCAGGAGAACCAGCUAGGCCACAGGAGGAUGCUGCAACGGCUGUAACUCAAGGGGCUGGAGGUCAACAUCAGGUACUAGAUACAGCAUCUGUUGCUGAAACUCCUACUCAGCGUUUACAGUACAAGACAAUACUGGCAAACCCUGGACCAGAGUAUUGGCUUGCACGCAAUCCAGUUGUAGAUAAUGUUUUUAUUACUGAUGUGACAGUUAAUUUGAACACUGUGACAAUAAGGGAAUGUAAAACAGAAAAAGGAUUUUUUAAAUCUAGUGUUGAAACUAGAAUUUAAUGAAAUUUAUGUUGAGGUUUUAUUUAAAUAAUAAUCCUAUGGUGUUAGAUAUAAUAAUAUGGUAGGAGCAAUAUUUUUCUUUAUGGCUAGUAAAUAUAUA